UAUAUGGACGUCACUCGUUGAGCUAUAUUUAAAUCGGCAAAGUCUUCUUUGGAUGUAACGUGGGUUUUAAUUAUCUACACAGAGUGAUAAACUAGUGCUAAAUCACUGUGGCUAACUUGUGGUUUUUGCGUUGUUGUUUGUUGUUGUAUGGUUGUUAACUUACUUUGGUUUUUUGUUAAACUUUACUUUUCUAUUGUUUAAACAAAAUUUUGAGUUGCGUUAACUUGUUUUGUUUGUGUUGUGCCAUUUACAUUUAUUAAAAUGCGGUGUGCCAUAUUAGGAUGCAAUUCGGACAACCAGUCCAAGAAAAACCCCUUGAAUAAAAACAUUAAAUUCCAUCGAUUCCCUAAAAACAUUGAUUUGUGCAAACAGUGGUUACAUGCCACCAAAAAAAAAGACAAUAUUAACGUUAAGACCGCUGCUGUUUGCUCGAAACAUUUUUUGGACUGUGAUUAUAAGAUAAAUUUAAAACACCGACUCUUAAACUACAGUCCUAAAUGUUAUCGUGGACUGAAAGACGAUGCUGUGCCUAAAUUACUUCAAACUCAAGUUUCUUCUGUGCCAUCAACAAGUGAGGAAAAGACUCAACUUGCAGAACAUAAGACUCAACUUAAUAAUAUCCUUCUAGUGUCAAGGGACAAAGUGAAAGAAGAACCACCAAAAAUUGCUGAUAAUGGAGGUGGUGGUAGUAUUAUUAGCCCUAAAUGUUAUCGUGGACUGAAAGACAAUCCUAUGCCUAAUUUACUGCAAACUCAAGUUUCUUCUGUGCCAUCAACAAGUGGGCAUAAUUGUAUCCUUCUAGGUAAAAAAAGGCAAAAGGCCCAACUCACAGAACAUAAGGCUCAAAUUAUUAAGAAUGCCCUUCUAGCAUCAAAAGACACAGUGAAAGAAGAACCACCAAAAAUUGCUGAUAAUGAAGGUGGUGGUAAUAGUAUUAGCCCUAAAUGUUAUCAUGAACUGAAAGACGAUGCUGUGCCUAGUUUAGUGCAAACUCAAGUUUCUUCUGUGCCAUCAACAAGUGGGCAUAAUCCUAAAAUUUUAGGUAAAAAAAGGCAAAAGGCCCAACUCACAGAACAUAAGGCUCAAAUUAUUAAGACUACCCUUCUAGCAUCAAAAGACACGGUUAAAAAAGAACCUCCACAAAUUGCUGAUGAUGGAGGUGGUGGUAGUAUUAUUAGCCCUAAAUGUUAUAGUGGACUGAAAGACAAUGCUAUGCCUAAUUUACUGCAAACUCAAGUUUCUUCUGUGCCAUCAACAAGUGGGCAUAAUUGUAACCUUGUAGGUAAAAAAAGGCAAAAGGCCCAACUCACAGAACAUAAGGCUCAAAUUAUUAAGAAUACCCUUCUAGCAUCAAAAGACACGGUGAAAAAAGAACCUCCACAAAUUGCUGAUAAUGGGGGUGGUGAUAAUAAUUUGAUGGAGGCCUGUAGCUCUUCUGAUAAAGGGGUUCAAACUAACCAGGUAAAUCUAGAUUAUGAAGAUCUACAACAAAAGCUGGAAAACCAGACAAAGGAAAUUAAAGAACUAAAGAAUCAGUUGGAUGGAGUCAAAAAAUUUUUCAGUAAAAAUCAAAUAAAUAAACUCAAUAAUCAGAAAAGAAUAAAAUGGUCAGUGAAUGAGAUAUCAAGUGCCAUUACAAUGUAUUUUGCGGGUCCUAGGGCAUACAGGCUUAGCUUAAAGAAGGGUUAUCCUUAUCCAGCGGUGUCAACUCUGAAGGAAUGGCUAAGGAAGAAACAGAUAGAACAGGGUAUUCUAAAAAACGCCUUGACAAUUGCUGAAUUUGCCGAUAUGUCUGAACAUGAUCGGGUGUGCACCAUUAUGUUUGAGAAAAUGAAAAUUCGAAAGGAAUACCUUUACGACCAACCAAACGAUUAUGAAAUGCAGUCCUAUGAUUUUGUCCAGGUUGCUAUGAUUUCCGGUGUAUUUAAAGCAUGGAAGCAGCCUAUUUUUUUUUAUUUUGACUGCACAAUGACGUCGUCUUUAUUAAUGGAAAUCAUUAACUUUGUGGAGGAUUCCGGUUUUCAUGUCGUUGCGAUGGUGUCAGAUUUGAGUGGUGCAAAUAGGGGAUUACAUGACGACUUACACAUAUCCGAGUCAAAACCCUAUUUUCAGAAUCCCUCUACAAAAGAAAAAAUUUUCGUGAUGGCGGACGUUCCGCAUCUGCUAAAAUUAAUUCGGAAUAAUUUUGUGGAUCACGGAUUUUUAAUUGACGGAAAGGUGAUCAAAAAAAAAAUCGUAGAACAAGCAAUAAAUUCUGGGAAUGUAAAAAUCACACAAAACAUGACAUUACAAGAGUUAAAUUGUGCUGGACCCCAAAGGCAAAAAGUUAAAUUUGCAGAGAAACUCUUUUCGCAUACUUUAUCAUGUGCCCUAUCCAGAUUUGGGACACUCGGAUUUUUGACGGAGGAGAAUUGGGCAGAGUGCGUCGACUUUUUUAAAUUGGUUAAUGAAUGGUUCAAUAUUCUUAAUGUUAGCACGCCAAUAAGUGACCCACAUGGAAGAGCUUUUGGAUUAGCUCUGGACAUUCAAAUGCCAAUUUUGGAUAAAAUGUCCCAAGUCAUUUCCCAGAUGAAGGUAAUCGGCCGCUCAAGCCAAUUACCGUUUCAAAAAGGUAUUCUCAUCUCCAACUCUGCAUUAAAAAUGUUGCAUGUCGAGCUGAAACGUCGGUUUGGUGUUGAUUACAUUUUAACCAGACGCUUAAACCUAGAUGUUCUAGAAAAUUUCUUUGGCGUGAUACGCGCGAAAGGAGGACUCCACGACCAUCCUACCCCAUUGGAAUUUAAACACAGAUUGAGGUCGUAUAUCCUUGGUAGGAAUGAAGAAGCCUAUUCAGACUUCUGAAAUGUUGAAGUUGACGACACCCCAGAUAUUCCUCUGACUGAGUCAACUGCAUUUAAACAUAAACCGUCAUCAGUCAAUUAGGAGGACAAUUUCGAAAGAUUAAAUGAAUUGACCUAUGAUUGGUUAGGUUGCUAUUAAUUAUUAAUUAUUGAUAGUUAUUAUUGACUUUUUUAUUUUAUUAAAUAUAAAAAUGGUAUUAAAUAUUUUUUGUUACAAAAUUU